GACGAGGGUGGUAGACUCUACCCAUUAGAGACUUUUCCCUUUCUGGAAAAAAACAAAACAAAACCCCAAACGAACCUGUAAACGGAAGUAGCUGCGCUGGAGGAAACACACCUUGACUUCACGGUAGCGCAUUCUGCGAAAACCGCCGCUUUACGGACGUUCCUCGGAUAUCUGCAACUUCCUGUUAUCUCUACAUGACCAGCAGAUGGCGUCUUGUCCCGCAUUUUCCCCAAUUCCCUGUUGCUCUCGCUCUCUCUCUCUCUCGCUCGCUCUCUCUUUCCCUACGUCACUGGAAUCUCAAAAUGGCCCCUAUCCGCGACCCGGGGUCGGAGCGGCUGUCAGUCUGGUGAAGAAUAACAAGGCGAGUGGCACUUUGUUCGCUUCAUUUCUCCGGGCGCGUCGUUGACUCAUUACGGCGGCUCGUUGGCCCGCGUCCGACAUGACGCUUCGGCGGACCGCGCGGCUGCUGCGACGUCGGGAUAAGACGGGAGGAUGUGAGACGUGGUGGAAGUGACAUGGAAACGACCGACGAUGGGUCCUCUCACACGGCGACGGGAGACGACGAGGGGCGCCGUGACGGCGCGCCCGGUCGCCGGCUCUCGGCUGGGCAGGGCGAGCGUCGCGCCUCCCCAGCCGGUGACACCGACCGGCGUCAGACCUCCCGCGCGGAACCGUUUCCGGUGGAGUCGAACGGUCAUCCGCCUCGCAAGCACGCCGGUGUCCGGAGCGACGCGAUGCUGGAUGCGGUCGCCGACGGCAGCUCGCCUCCACCGGCCUCCGCCCGCUUCCGCCCGGGCUCCGAUGGCAUCCGCGCUGGCCCUUGUGGAAACGGUCCCGGUGGGGCGGCCCGGUCCGACUGCAGUGGGAGUCCGGUUGGGCAAACCAGACCUUGCUGCCCAGCUGGGGGUGAAACCGGAUCUGAUGAGAGGUCUAGUGUAAGGCCCGGUCCCAGUAGUGUCUCCCAGCUGUCAGCCACAGACAGGAAACACGUUAAAAGCAUCACAGUAUGUGAUGAGAAUUCCUCAAAAGACGCUGUGGGCGACGUCAACUGUCAGUCUCCGGCUCCUGUCCGUGACGAGACCGGCCAUCAUAAUGGACGGCAUCUGUGUCAAGGCGCUAGCUCCGAGGGGCUGACAAUAGAGAAUGGAGACUGGCUCUCAAAGCUGCUCGUUGGCUCUGAUGUCGGCGUGGUGGCCCCUGGGAUGGACGCUACAUGUGUGAACGGCGGGUUACAGGUGGAGGAGGACUGCAGCACAGGGGACUUGACAGCAGCGCACUGUGAAGGAAGGAAGAUCAUUUGCUGCCCUUUAAAUCCCCAUGCAGACAUGGACUCCUCUGCCACGGCGGUUCAUGAGGGCCAGGCAUCCCGCCACGGAGACACACCAGAGGACACAAGAGCUGCAAACCAGCAGAGUACCGGGCUGCAGCCCGUGGCUUCCUCAUUCCUUCAGCCCUCCUCUCACGGGACAGUAAAUCAAGUGCCGCUUGGCGUAAACCCAAAUGCAAACCCCACGCUGGCCGUCGGCCUGCAGAAGGUCGACGGAGAAGGGGAGGAGGAAGGCGAAGCAGCCGCGGGUCCGGGGCUCUGCUGCCGAGGUGCCCUGGGACCCCGGUCGCUGCCCUGCAGCAUGAGCUAUGACUUGGCCCCUGUCAGCCCUGGAUCCAGGCUGGAGGCCGGCCCUGACGACGCCUUCGCCGAGCCCCAGACGAGUCACUGGCUGAGCGAACAGCGCUUCGUUGACGUCCGUCUUGGCUCCAGGAACACCUACGAGAGCAGUCGGAGGCAGAGUGCCCCGGGGCAGCUGCCCCAGGGUGGAGGCUUCAGCACUGGGGAGAUGGUGGACCCGGCCCUGCAGUCCAGGAGGCCUGGAAUCGCCGAGUACUUGGGCAGGGGCCUCUUUUCCAGGAAGCACAGGACAGUGAGCCAGAGCGCCCCCGGCUGGAAGCUGUUCGGGAAAGUCCCUCUCAGGGAGAGUCCCACCAAGGACUCCAAGGCCAUACAACAGGAGUACGAGGCACGGCAGUCCAGGUCUGCGGCCAGCAGCUCGCCUACCCAGCAUGCUGCGGGGCGGAGCAGGAAGAACCUGGAGUUCGAGCCCCUGUCGACCACAGCGCUCAUCCUGGAGGACAGGCCGGCGAACCUGCCCGCCAAGUCUGUGGAGGAGGCCCAGAGGCACAGGCAGCAGUACGACGAGAUGGUGGCCGAAGCCAAGAAAAGGGAGUUGAAGGAGGCCCAGCGGAAGCAGCGGCAGAUGAAGGAGAGGUUUAAACAGGAAGAGAGCAUAGCCAACGCCAUGGUGGUCUGGAACACUGAAAUACUGCCCCACUGGGACACCAUGAAGUCUAGUCGGCGAGCCAGGGAGCUUUGGUGGCAGGGUCUCCCCCCCAACGUCAGAGGCAGAGUAUGGAGUCUUGCAAUCGGCAAUGAGCUCAACAUCACCCCAGAGUUGUAUGGGAUCUUUCUCUCCAGGGCCAAGGAGAAGUGGAGGAGCUUCAGUGAAACGGGCCCCGAGGACGAGGCUGAUGACGGGGCGUCGCUAGCAGACAGAGAGUCUAGUUUGGAGCUGAUCAAACUGGACAUCUCCAGAACCUUCCCCUCGCUCUACAUCUUCCAGAAGGGAGGACCCUACCAUGACCUGCUGCACAGCAUUCUGGGAGCCUACACCUGCUACCGGCCCGACGUUGGCUAUGUCCAGGGGAUGUCCUUCAUAGCAGCCGUGCUGAUACUGAACAUGGAGGAGGCUGAUGCCUUCAUCUCCUUUGCCAACCUGCUUAACAAACCCUGUCAGAUGGCCUUCUUCAGAGUCGACCAUGAGCUGAUGUUGAAGUAUUUUGGGGCGUUCGAGGUGUUCUUCGAGGAGAACCUGCCUCGUCUCUACGGCCACUUCCAGUCAUCGAACUUGACCCCUGACCUCUACCUCAUCGACUGGAUCUUUUCUCUAUAUACCAAGCCCCUCCCCCUGGACGUGGCAUGCCGGGUGUGGGACGUCUUCUGUCGGGAUGGGGAGGAGUUCCUGUUCCGGGCGGGGCUGGGGAUCCUCCGCCUCUACCAGGAUGUCCUGCUACAGAUGGACUUUAUUCACAUAGCCCAGUUCCUGGCCCGCCUCCCGGACGAAGAGCUUCUCUCUGAUAGGUUGUUCUCCUGCAUCGCCGCCACACCCAUGCUGAGCGGGAACAGGAAGUGGACUCAGGUGUUCAGUUCAUUGAUGAAGGACACUAAGGAGACAGAGAAGAACGCCAACAUGGCACAGAGGAGCUGACCCAUAUCUCCACUGGACGGGCCUCGCUCCAUCCCUACUGUUACACACCUGCGCUCACUUCCGAUACUCCGUUAGUGUAACGUUAUUGAUCCCUGAUGGGAUAUUUUUCUUGUCAUCUGAGAGGAAAAGCCCUGGAAGGUUAGUUUUCUGAGAAACAAGACAGUAUUAAAACUACCACAUGUUGGUACACAGUUUGAAGUGACACCAUAUAAAGAGAAGAAGUCGGGACAUAGAAAGUGUUCAGAGGCGACCAAAUUGAGGGCUGAAAUCUACCCGUUUACUGUGCCCUUACCCAGUAGUGAAUAUACAUACCUCACGGAGCAUGAAGAAAGAGCUUAUCCAGAUAGUUAGGUGGCGCUCUUGGGUAUAGCGUCCACCCAGUUCACACAACAACGCUUGUUUAAAUCAAAUGUAAACGUCAUACAUUGAUUUUCAGUGUUUGCCGCCACCAAAAUCGGUGUACUUUGGUGGAAGAAGGCCAAGUAACAACAGGUGAACCGGCUGUAAAAGUCAAGUUAAUUUUUUUGUAUGGCCCAAUAUCACAAAUUAGCCUAAGAAUAGGCGACAGUAUGUAAGUUUUGUGGUGGUUUCAAUACAUGCUGGAUUGUGAAGCGGGUGCAGAAGUUUCAGGAAACCGUUUCGUGUCGUGCACGAUGGGGUGCUAAACAAGGGGAAUACCAGAUAACGAGAAGUGACAGAUUUCAACACACAAUUCAAAAUCACCUUCUUCCCCACGCACAGCGAGCAGCAGGGAAUAGGGAAAACGUGGGACAAGACGCCACCUGCUGGUUAAAAAGGGAAGGGGCCUUACUUAAAUGGUAAAUGGUCUGCAUUUAUGUAGAGAGCUUCUCUAGUCUACCGACCGCUCACAGCGCUUGACAGUGUCUCACAUCCACCCAUGCAAGGCACCAACCUGCUCAUCGGGAGCAGUUAGACGGUUCAGGGUCUUGCUCAAGGACACUAAGACACGCUCUCCGCAGGAGACGGGGAUCGAACCAGCUACCUUUCGAUUACUAGAUGACUCGCUGUACCUCUUGGGCCAUGCCGGCCCAUACUUACUAUGUCUGCCACAUCUUCUGUGGGCAGAAACAUUGAUCUGUGUGAAAGUGGACGAUGGGGGACAAGCCAGCAGUAUUACUGAGGGACUGAACCGGCCAUCAGAUUUGAGUUCACUGAGCCUUGUCCUAAGUAGAAGGUGAAAAGGUAGAUCCCCAUAGGGACAGUGUGGGCUCUGGAGCAGUAUUGUUAAAGACAAUACCGCCUCCUGCUGGAAGAGUCAGUACCCAAAGAAACAGGACCAGCAUUAAUAAUGCAGCCACCUAAUCACUUGCAGCCACCUUUAUUAUAAUAAAGGUGGCUGCAAGAAGCCAGAGGGCUGUGAACAGAUGCUGCGGUUGGCACUUCUUUAUAAACUUUUCCACAGACUUUAACUCCAAACAGUGCCUCCGAUUUCUUUCUCAAAUGGGCUGCAGUACGCUGGGCAGUUCUGGUCAAUAAGAGAGGGUGUCUUGUCUUUUAUUUGAAACAAAAAAAAAGGGUGGGACAUAUAAACUUGGUCAUUUCUAGGUCUUGAAAUCACUGGUGAUUUGGAAGAGUAAGAGGGAAAGUAGUGUUUGUGAGUCUUGAUAUGUAUUUGACUACAAAUGCGUGGUGGUAGAUCCCCUCCUUUUCUUUUUUUCUCACAUUGUGAUCUUGAAGAGAUCUUGGAAGAGUUAUCCUCCAUUACAGACACACACACACACACACACUGCUGAUGGUGCCCACCAAUAUAUAGUCAUGACACUCAACACUAGCCCCCUGAUCCGCAAAUCUGGCUUAGAACAUAGAACGGGGGGGGAAAUAUGGAAGUGUGCAGGAAAUGUGAAAAUGAUACGAGGUAAAAUGUAAAAAAAAAAAAAAAGUACCCGUGCAAUUGGAAGUUGCCAUAUAAUCCACACAGUGUGUGACUCUGACACAUGGCAACAGGCACAUGUUUGGGUAGCAGUGAUGGGCAGAGGUGCCGGAGAAACAACAUUUCUAUGCCACUAUCUCGUCUGGGUGUUGCUUUCUUAAUUGUAAUUCCAUCCAGUCGUGGGACUGCAAUGUGGGUAAAAGUGGUCCUAAGAGGAUGGGGACAAUAAUGCAAUGACUCCUCAGUGAGACCUGUGGAAUAUUCUAACCUAAAUACUUCAUAGGGGUACCGGGGCAGUUGCUAAAAGCCACCCGGUCUUUGUAUAACCAAAGGGAGAGCUGUGUCCGCAUUCUCGGCACAAAGUCAAACACGUUUUCGGUGGGUGUCGGACUCCGCCAAGGUCGUCCCUUGUCUCCGAUUCUGUUUGUGAUAUUCAUGGACAGGACCUCAAGGUGAGGAGUGUGUCCGUUUUGGGAACCUCUGAAUUGCAUCUCUGCUCUUCGCAGAUGAUGUGGUUUUGUUGGCUUCAUCAAAACGCGACCUCUGGCGCGCACUGGGGCGUUUUGCAGUUGAGUGUGAAAUGGCCGGGAUGAGAGUCAGCACCUCCAAGUCUGAGGCCGUGGUUCUCUACCAGAAAAUGGUGAAGGAGUUCAGGUAUCUCAGGGUCUUGUUCACGAGUGAGGGUAGGAUGGAGCGGGAGAUUGACAGGCGGAUUGGUGUAGCAUCAGCAGUAAUGUGGACGUUGAACCGGACCGUUUAGGUGAAGAGGGAGCCGAGCCGGAAGGCAAAGCUCUCAGUUUACUACUCAGUCUUCAUUCCAGCCCUCACCCAUGGUCAUGAACUUUGGGUAGUGACUGAAAGGGUGAGAUCAGGGAUACAAGCGGCUGAAAUGAGUUUCCUCCGUAGGGUGUCUGGGCUCAGCCUUAGGGAUAGGGUGAGGAGCUCGGACAUCCGGAGGGAGCUCGGAGUAGAGUCGCUGCUCCUUCGCAUCAAAAGGAGCAAGUUGAGGUGGUUCGGGCAUCUGACGAGGAUGCCUCUUGGGUGCCUUCCUUUGGAGGUUUUCAUCCAACUGAGAGGAGACCCCGGGGUAGACCCAGAACUCGCUGGAGGGAGUACAUGUCCAAUCUGGCCUGGGAACGCCUUGGGAUCCCCCAGGAGGAGCUGGAGUGUGUUGCUGGGGAGAGGGAUGUCUGGAGUGCCCUACUUAGCUUUCUGCUAUGGUGACCCGAUCCCGGAGAAGCGGCUGAUGAUGAGAUGAGUUGAGAUGAGAUGAGUUGAGAUGAGAUGAGAUGGGAUGAGAUGAGAUGAGAUGAGAUGAUACUUCAUAGGUUACUGCGUUUGAAUGAUGUUGCACUCCAAACUGAGAACGGUGAAAUGUGAUUUGUGAACCUAGAGUCAUAAGUCACUCAAAUAGGGCAUUGACACCUUUUAUAGCAUUUAGUAUUUCCCUUAGAGGCGUUUUUAUUUCAACCAGGUAAUUAUAACUGUGCACAUGAAAUUGUGUGAUAAAUGCGGUUUGCAGAAUUAAAAUGAGGAACAUCAGGUAGGUAAUAGAAAAAUGUGAACUUUUUUUCAGCCUGCUACUGUUUAAUAAAUCCAUAUGACGAGAGACACAUGAUAUUCUUAAAAUUGUUAAAUUAUUACAUGCAGUGUCAGUAUCAUUGGACUGGAUGUGCUAAUCCUAGAGAUAAUUUGUAACAUUUCAUGAUAGAAAAACAUGAACAUUUGAUUUGAAACACUUUAUAGGUCGUUUGUGCAGCGUUGUUGCUUAUAUUUUGACAUCAUAGUUUGUAUUGAACGGAACUCUUGAUGCAACAUUUGUUUCAGAGGUGUUUUUCCCCUUUUUAAACGGUAAAACAUUAUAGGUCUCCGGUCGACUCAACAUUCCUCCGUGUCUAACGAAUCAAACGCAACCCGGUUGUAAGUUGUAUCAGUACUGUAAAAUGUUCGUCCUUUUUUAUGCUGUGGCUAUUGUACAGUUUUAAUAGCAAGGGACUAAUAACAGUAAAAUGGCAAGCGUUUGUAAAUAACUUUGAAAUAAAUUAUGUACCUGUGCAACAGUCUAAAAGACAAGAGGUUAUAAAUCCUGUGAAUAAAUCCACUAUAUGA